AUGGGCUAUCUGUGGAUACCCUUACUGGCUGUUAUUUUUGCCGUCGGAAUGGCCCAAUGGCCACAGUGGGGCCAAUUCGGAGGUUUUGGGAAUAAUUGGAAUCCUUUCCAACAACAGCAAGCAGGGCAGCAGCAACAACUUCAACAGUCGGCAGCUUCAACGUCGGCCUGGGGCCAAUCUGCAGCGGCUUCAUCGGCUUCUUCGGCUUCGGCUGCCUCCUCUCAACCUCAACAAUGGCAGCAACCGCAGCAGGGUGGCUUCACGCGACCUCAGCCCGGCUUUGCCCAUCAACAACAGCUUCCCCAGAGUGGCUUCGACUCACAACAACAAUUCCAACAGCAGCAAUUCUCCCAAUUCCCCCAACAGUCAUUCCUUCAGAAUCAGCAGUUUGGAGGUGUCGCUGAGGCGAGAGGAAGGGAGCAGCAGAUCUAUGGAAUCCCCGGACGAAGAAAUGCUAAUCAAAAGCUUCGUACUUGCUGCCGUAAGCUGAAACAGGCCGAUCGGGAAUGCAGACGGAAGUACUGCGACUUCAAUGCCUUGGCGCCGCAGUCGGUCCUCGGCUACCUGGCCGAAUGCGUGCCGAAGGGCCCAACCGUCGGGAUGAUGUGGGAUUGCGCAUCCAGUCGAGCUGAUCACUCGGAAUGUUGCAGGGCAUCUGGGGUGUCGCCUCACUGUAUGGUAUAUUGCGAGACGACGCACGGAGUGCCUUCAGAUCCUGUAAAAUAUAUGGUCUGCCUCGCCGACUUCAACAAGAUCCGCACGUGCUUCUACAACUACCUGGAGAACCCGAGAAAUCCGAACAUCAAGGGAGAUCUG